AUGCCUUACGAGAAGUUCGUCCCGUCCGUCCACAAGCCGAUCACGGUCCAGGAGGUCCAAGAGAUCGCUGACCUUCUCAACUUCAACAGUUCUACAGACCAGGUGCUGGCGUUUACAGAAACGAUCUCUGAUGCUGUCAGGAGUCUGGAACUACUGGACACCCUCUGUGAACCCAUUCCUGAAGUCAAGCACCCUCGGACACCCGGCUACAGGCCACAGCCGGAAGACCGGAUCGGCAACGCCUGGGCCUGGCGAUGUGACGUCCAAGGUGCUCCCACAGGUAAACUGUCCGGGAAAACUUUUGCUAUCAAAGACAACACGGCUGUAGCUGGUGUCCCCAUGUCCAACGGUAGCCGGUUGCUACAGGGCUACAUACCAGAGUACGAUGCUACCGUCGUUACGAGAAUUCUAGAUGCGGGAUUCUCCGGCACUGACGGCUACGUCACGAUGCCGGACAAACCGGACGUCCGGGUCGGUGGCUCAAGCAGCGGCUCAGCUGUGCUGGUAGCCACAGGUGAGGUGGACAUGGCACUGGGGGCGGAUCAAGGCGGUUCUAUCCGGAUACCGGCAGCGUGGACCGGCACUGUUGGCCUGAAGCCGACCUUUGGACUGGUGCCGUACACGGGCCUCAUCUCAGUGGAACCCAGACUUGAUUAUGCUGGCACCAUCACAAGGGACGUCACCGACUGUGCCUUGUUUCUAGAGUUAAGUUUUCAUUACCGUCUCACACGACUUAGUUGA